AUGAUUGCGGCCGAGGCUGACGAUGAGGAUAUCCAUACCAUGCGUCUGGUGUGUUCUGGUUGGAAGACUGUGACACUUCCAAGAUUCUUGCCUUUCUUCAAUCAAGUAGCCUUCCGAUACACGAAGGCUGGACUCACAAGCAUGCUCGAGGCAUGUCAGCACCCGGUCUUUGGUCCUCAUAUACAGACCCUCAUUCUCAUAGUGGACUGCAAACGUCGCAAUGCCUCCAGUUAUCAACAGAUCUACAACCAGGCUCUCGUUGCGCUCAGGGCCUCCGGACAAUCAGUAUGCCUUGGUAUCCGCUGGUGCCAGAUCGCUCUUGGAGAGGUCGUAACCCCUGAGUUAGCCUCUGGUCGUCUGGCUACCUUGCUGGACAAGAAGAUCUUGCCGGCUGGGCAGGCAGCCGGCCUCGUCAUCGACAAUCUCCUGAUCGAGCUUCCAGACGCACGACCCCUCCAAGAUGAGCCGAACACCUAUCAGAGACUCAUCAAUUGGCUUAAUACUAUGUGGUGGAGGCACAAUCAGAUUGGUGGGCCCUCUAAACUCACCAUCCGAUUCGACAACUCCAUUGCUCAGCUCUCACGCCCUCCUUCCUUCGAGAUUACGCAGAACCCUGCCAGAAUUGAGUGUCAUGGCAUGUUGCCAUGCCACUAUGACGCNUUUUACGAGCUUUUCCAGCUCCCACACCUAGAACUGGCCCUGCACAAUUGCAGCAUCCCUGAAACAUUCUUCCGCGAGACUAAUCAUCUCCUUACUACCAUCAUACUUGAGGGCAUCACUAUCUACAGUGAGUCCGCGGAGGGGUUCAGAGACAUCCCAGUCCGCCCGGUGUUCCAAGGCUCCGCCAGCAAACUUCUCUCACUUUUGCUCGGCAUUCACCCGGGCCUGAGCCGCCUGAGGCUCAAGAACAUCUCCCAGGGUGACGACACCUGGCUUAGUGACGGCCCUCACCUCUUUGAUGUGAGGGGCGCUCACAAGCUACCCACGGCUCUCACUCGCCUCCUGGAAGGCUACCGUGGCUGGGAGAUUGCUUACUGGUGCUGCGGUGACGAGGGACUGAGGGACAGGAUGCUAAUGAAGUGGCAAGGCAGUGAGAUGGGUAGCGGUUUGCUUUAG